AAAAAGGCGUUAUGGGACACAAAAAGGCAAGCAGCGCCCAAUUUUAAUGAACCGAAACGCCGCCAGUCACUGACUUGUCUCCAGGGCCAUGGACAGGGCGUAAAAUUAAAAGGGCAGCAUGUGAACUAGGGUUCAAAGACCGUGCUUUUCGCCACAGCAUUGCACGAAUAAGACAUGGCAGGUCAGACCCAUAUCCUUCCUACAACCCUGUCUUUGCAUUCAAAGCACCACGGCAGCAUGGUACCAUGUUAGUCAGUGCAAAGGGAGUUGUGCAGGCCCGAAACCACACAACACCCUUUUUUGUUUCCAAGAGGAAGAAGGAAGAGGCUGAGGACGGCAUUGGACUGGUCCAAAGUGAAAAAAAAAGAGCAGUUGCAUUAAAACACCACAAAGGAGUGUCCAGACAAUCCCGCUCACGCGAGCAGAGAGAUCGAAGGCUAAGUAAGACUGAACCAGGGACAAACGCCUCACACGACCUGCAAACUCAGGCUGGCGUUUUUUUUUUGUUGUGUAUCCAAGGGAAAGUGUGGAUUGCGAUUCUUUUCUCCAUCCAACCCUUUCUUCAUCUUCAUUCUCAUCAGCUUUUUCUCUUUUUUUUCUUCUUCUUCGUUGUAAUUUCGUCCGUCCUGUUGCUACAUACCACCCACAUUGGAUAUUCAGGCAUUUCAUUACGAACAAAUAACAAAACCAAGAUGGCGCAUCAUCAUUAUCGCCAGUAUCAAGAGCAGGAGAACCAGCUGGCCCAUCCCUCUUUUCUCUCCUCCUCUUCUCCUCCUCCGCCUUCACGCCUCGCCUACUCGCCACCACCUCCAUCCGCGCCGGCUGCUCCCAGCAACCCUUACCACUCUCAACAGCCCUAUCAGCCCUUGCAGCCCCAGCAAUCCAAUCAGUCCUAUCAGUCCGCACCUGGAUCUCGAUCUCAGUUCCCACAGCCGCCCAUCCCACCUCGACCGCAAUUCUCUGGCUCGCAUAUCCAGUACACCGCUCUUCCCGACACGCCCCCUGUCCCGAAACGCGAUUCGUCCUCCAAUUUUGCUUCGUACCUCCCUAUUCCAAUCUCCCCAACGACACCAACGACGCCUGUAACCCCUGUGUCGUCAUCCGAUCAUCCUUUGGCAGUUCAGUACACUUCUCUCCAACCUCCUCAGCGCAGCUUCCUUGAUCGACCCCUGUCAUUGGCCUCAGGAGAUCGUCCUUUCUCUGUCGGCUCCUUUGACUCUACACACUCGAACGACCCUCUCAAUCCUCCGGCUCAAGCUCAGCCUUCCAAGGAACCUACUACACGUAAAGUGAACCUCAGGAAUCGCCUACAGAAAGAGGACCAGUCAACAAUGCAGACCGCACGAUCGAUCACACCCCAGCCCUGGCACCCAGACUAUCACAGCAACAGUCGUAGCUCGACACCCAACCCGCUCGAUCUGCCAGAGCAUCGUCGCCCGCGCCGCAAAUCUGAUGAGUCCCUAUCGGUUAUGGCUGAGAUCGAUCGCAAUGAAAAGGAGGGCAAGGAUGACAAUGGUCAAACGGCGUUGAAGAAGACCCGCAAAAACCUCUUUUCGCGCCUGGGUUGGAAACGCACACGUGUGACUUACAAGGUCUCGGGUACGGGUCGUUUGGCCCAGUUCUCGAAUGAACGUCUGUACCUGCAUUGGAUUCGAUAUGGUAUCCUGCAGGGAACGAUCGCAUUGACACUGUUGGGAUUCGGAAACAACGUCGCAACCUAUGUGGGCGUUGGAGCCCUGAUCCUGGCGUUGUUGACGUUGAUCUAUUCGACGACGCUGUAUCAUCUGAGGCACUUGUACAUGGUCACGAAGAGAAAUGAUGUGGUCUACUAUCAGAGAACUGUCCCGACAUUGCUCUGCCUGGGCCUGGUUCUCCUCUACCUUGGCAACUUUAUUGUGACCAUGUCGAUUGGUGAUGAUGCCAGAAGUCCACCUCCAUGGACGGGAGUUGACGACAACUCUUUCCAUGCCUUUAAUUAAAUCCCAAGUCCGUACCUUUUUUCAUCUAUUUAAUACUGUCAUUUAUAUAGCCAUAUAUCCAUCAUCCUAUUAAAAACUAUCUCUUUGCUUCAGAUC